AUCGCGGUGCAGGACGACCUGGACAACACGGAGCUGCCCUUCUUCACCCUCGAGAUGUCUGGCACGGCGGCGGACAUCUCGCUGGUGCACUGGAGACAACAGUGGCUGGAGAAUGGCACCCUGUACUUCCAUGUGUCCAUGAGCAGCUCUGGGCAGCUGGCCCGGGCCACCGCCCCCACCCUGCAGGAGCCCUCCGAGAUUGUAGAGGAGCAGAUGCACAUCCUGCACAUUUCUGUGAUGGGUGGCCUCAUUGCAUUGCUGCUGCUCCUGCUUGUGUUCACCGUGGCCCUGUAUGCUCAGCGGCGCUGGCAGAAGCGACAUCGCAUCCCCCAGAAGAGUGCCAGUACGGAAGCCACUCAUGAGAUCCACUACAUCCCUUCUGUACUGCUCGGGCCCCAGGCCCGUGAGAGCUUCCGCUCCUCCCGGCUGCAGGCCCACAAUUCUGUCAUUGGCGUGCCCAUCCGAGAGACCCCCAUCCUCGAUGACUAUGACUACGAGGAGGAUGAGGACCCACCUCGGCGCGCCAACCACAUCUCCCGAGAGGACGAAUUUGGCAGCCAGAUGACCCAUACCCUGGACAGCCUGGGCCGGCCAGUGGAAGAGAAGGUGGACUUUGAGAAGAAAGCAGCAGCCGAGGCGACGCAGGAGACAGUGGAGUCCCUGAUGCAGAAGUUCAAGGAGAGUUUCCGCACUAACACGCCCAUCGAGAUCGGUCAGCUGCAGCCAGCUCCACGCAGCAUGUCAGCAGGGAAGCGGAGGCGGAGAAGCAAGUCUCGAGGUAGGCCCCUCGUGCCUCUUGCCAAGGAAAUCAUGAAGCUGUCUCCAGGGGCACUCAGCUUUGGCAGAACCAAAGGGACUUCGGGUUCAGAGGCAGACGACGAGACGCAGCUGACCUUCUACACAGAGCAGUACCGCAGCCGCCGCCGCAGCAAAGGUUUGCUGAAAAGCCCAGUGAACAAGACGGCCCUGACCCUGAUUGCUGUAAGUUCCUGCAUCCUGGCCAUGGUGUGUGGCAGCCAGAUGUCCUGUCCACUCACCGUGAAGGUGACGCUACACGUGCCGGAGCACUUCAUCGCAGACGGAAGCAGCUUCGUGGUAAGCGAAGGCAGCUACCUGGACAUCUCUGACUGGUUGAACCCGGCCAAGCUCUCCUUAUAUUACCAGAUCAAUGCCACCUCGCCAUGGGUGAGGGACCUGUGUGGACAAAGGACGACAGAUGCCUGCGAACAGCUAUGUGACCCAGAAACUGGAGAGUGCAGUUGCCACGAGGGAUUUGCCCCGGACCCUGUCCACAGACACCUUUGUGUGCGCAGUGACUGGGGACAAAGUGAAGGACCGUGGCCUUACACCACGCUUGAGAGGGGCUAUGAUCUUGUAACAGGAGAGCAAGCCCCUGAAAAGAUUCUCAGGUCUACUUUCAGCUUGGGCCAAGGACUCUGGCUGCCUGUCAGCAAAAGCUUUGUGGUGCCACCUGUGGAGCUGUCCAUCAACCCCCUGGCCAGCUGCAAGACUGACGUCCUUGUCACAGAAGACCCUGCGGAUGUCAGGGAAGAAGCGAUGCUGUCCACAUACUUUGAGACAAUCAACGACCUGCUCUCCUCCUUUGGGCCAGUCCGUGACUGCUCCCGGAACAACGGAGGCUGUACUCGCAACUUCAAGUGCGUGUCUGACCGCCAGGUGGACUCGUCAGGAUGUGUGUGUCCGGAGGAGCUGAAGCCCAUGAAGGAUGGCUCGGGCUGCUAUGACCACUCCAAAGGCAUCGACUGCUCUGACGGCUUUAACGGCGGCUGUGAGCAGCUGUGCCUGCAGCAGACCCUGCCGUUGCCCUACGACACCACCUCCAGCACCAUCUUCAUGUUCUGCGGGUGCGUGGAGGAGUACAAACUGGCUCCUGAUGGGAAGUCCUGCCUGAUGCUCUCAGAUGUCUGUGACGGCCCCAAGUGCCUCAAACCUGACUCCAAAUUCAACGACACUCUCUUUGGAGAGAUGCUUCAUGGUUACAACAACCGGACGCAGCAUGUCAACCAAGGACAAGUCUUCCAGAUGACCUUUAGGGAGAACAACUUCAUCAAGGACUUCCCCCAGCUGGCCGACGGGCUGUUGGUGAUCCCGCUGCCGGUGGAGGAGCAGUGUCGGGGGGUCCUCUCUGAGCCCCUCCCGGAUGUCCAGCUGCUCACGGGAGACAUCCGCUAUGACGAGGCCAUGGGUUACCCCAUGGUGCAGCAGUGGCGUGUCCGGAGCAACCUCUACCGGGUGAAGCUCAGCACCAUCACGCUGUCAGCAGAGUUCACCAAUGUCCUCAAGAUCCUGAACAAGGAGAGCAGUCGGGAGGAGUUGCUGUCCUUCAUCCAGCACUAUGGCUCCCACUACAUCGCAGAGGCUCUCUAUGGCUCAGAGCUGACCUGCAUCAUCCACUUCCCCAGCAAGAAGGUCCAGCAGCAGCUGUGGCUCCAGUACCAGAAAGAAACCACGGAGCUGGGCAGCAAGGAGGAGCUACAGUCCAUGCCCUUCAUCACCUACCUCUCGGGUCUGUUGACGGCCCAGAUGCUAUCAGAUGACCAGCUCAUCUCCGGGGUGGAGAUCCGCUGCGAGGAGAAGGGCCGGUGCCCAUCCACCUGCCACCUGUGUCGCCGGCCAGGCAAGGAGCAGCUGAGCCCCACGCCAGUGCUGCUGGAAAUCAACCGUGUGAUGCCGCUCUAUACCCUCAUCCAAGACAACGGCACCAAGGAGGCCUUCAAGGGUGCACUGAUGAGCUCCUACUGGUGCUCAGGAAAAGGGGACGUGAUCGAUGACUGGUGCAGAUGCGACCUCAGCGCCUUUGAUGCCAAUGGCCUCCCGAGCUGCAGCCCUCUCCUGCAGCCGGUACUGCGACUGUCCCCUACUGUGGAGCCCUCCAGCACCGUGGUCUCCUUGGAAUGGGUGGAUGUCCAGCCAGCUAUUGGGACUAAGGUCUCCGACUAUAUUCUGCAGCACAAGAAAGUGGAUGAAUACACAGAUACUGACCUCUACACAGGAGAAUUCCUGAGUUUUGCCGAUGACUUACUCUCUGGCCUGGGCACAUCUUGUGUAGCAGCUGGCCGAAGCCAUGGGGAGGUCCCCGACGUCAGUGUCUACUCCGUCAUCUUCAAGUGUCUGGAGCCUGAUGGCCUCUACAAGUUUACUCUCUAUGCUGUGGAUACACGGGGCCGACAUUCAGAGCUCAGCACGGUGACCUUGAGGACAGCCUGUCCACUGGUAGAUGACAACAAGGCAGAAGAAAUAGCCGACAAGAUCUACAAUCUGUACAAUGGGUACACGAGUGGAAAGGAGCAGCAGACUGCCUAUAACACGCUGAUGGAAGUCUCAACGUCGAUGUUGUUUCGAGUCCAACACCACUACAACUCUCACUAUGAGAAGUUUGGAGACUUUGUCUGGAGGAGUGAGGAUGAGCUCGGGCCCAGGAAAGCCCACCUGAUCCUGCGGCGACUGGAGAGGGUUAGCCGUCACUGCUCCAGCCUGCUGCGAAGCGCUUACAUACAGAGCCGGGUGGACACGGUGCCCUACCUUUUCUGCCGCAGCGAGGAGGUCCGGCCUGCGGGCAUGGUCUGGUACAGCAUCCUCAAGGACACCAAAAUCACUUGCGAGGAGAAGAUGGUGUCCAUGGCCCGAAACACGUAUGGGGAGUCCAAGGGCCGGUGAGGGAGGGUGCUGCCCUCUGUGAGCACAGAGACUCUCCAUGGGAAGGGGAGCAGAACACAUGUGGAUCCUGGGGCCGGGUGGGCUGGGGGACAGCUGAGGAUGGGCCUGGCCGAGGACACGCGCCAGCAAGGCCAAAGCAAACCUCUUCUCCUGUGGAUAGUGAACAGAGAACUUUGUAACCACUGGAAUUGUUCCUUUCUCUCGCUUUUGUUUUGUUUUUUUCUAAGUCUCUUUUUUUCAACCUUUUCUCAUGGAUAGUGGUCAGUCCAGAGGCAGGAGCUUUUAGGUGGAGAUCAAGCAGCCUUUCUUCUUUUUUCUCCAUCCUGGCGAAGUCAGCCUCCUUCCAGCCAUAGACUCCUAGAGGAGACGCCGAAGAGGCAGUCUGACCUCUUCCGCACCAGGAAGGAAGCCCCAAGGAUUGUUGCAGUGAGGAAGUGUGGGUUGUUAGGACAAUUUUAUUUUUUUCUUUUUGGACAUUAUUGAGUUUGCAGGACCCCUGCCUCUUCCUGCUUACCUGUGGGUCUGCCCAGAGUCCCUGCAGGGCUUUCCAUGCAUUAAAAACUCCUAUUGUCUCUC